UAAAACAAAUCCUAUAAAUACAGAACACCUUCAUGAAUCCUGUAUGAAUCCUGCAGACAGACUGAUACGUCGAUCAGAAGUCGAUUAGAGAAAUGGAGAGACUCGUGGUCUUACUCUCAUUGUUUCUCCUCACCACAGCUGAAAGACAAGAUCUUUCAGGUAAAAUGUUCACGUUUCCUGUGGAGUCCAAUACUCAUCACGUGCUCCUGAGUCCUGAGCUGAAUAAGAUCAUGUUCACCGUGAGCGUAUGUCUGCGUUCCUUCUCCGACAUCUCCAGAGCUCAGAGCCUUUUCUCACUUUCUCUACCAUCGGCGGACAACGGAUUUUUAAUUUACAAGUUGAAGCAAGGGGUGUACAUUUUAAACAUUUUGGGUGUAGAAGGCACUUUUUGGGGUUUACAGGAAGAACCGAAUGUCUGGAAUUCGAUCUGCGCUACCUUGGAUGCUACCACAGGGCUCUCUCAGCUGUGGGUCAACGGAAUCCCGAGCUCACGAAAAGGAAUCAAGGCAGGAAGCUCUUUAAUGGGAAUUCCAAAAAUCAUCUUGGGUCAAGAGCAAGAUUCCUACGGUGGAAAGUUUGACACCGCGCAGUCAUUUGUAGGGAUGCUGACCGAUGUGCACAUGUGGGACUCUGUUCUGUCUCCGGCUCAGAUUGCAUAUUAUACAUCCGGCAGACAGUUUCAGCCGGGAAACGUUCUCAACUGGAACUCACUAGAAUUCACUAAAAACGGGUACGUGGUUGUGGAAAGCAAGGAAACGUCUUAUAAAGUCGGUUUUUAGGAUCAAGAUUCAGAUGCAUGCUAACAAGUCAUAAAUACUCCAUAAUUUAAAGUAAUAUACAUUCUGACAAAUGAUAGGCUAAUUAAUUAGUUUUUAUAGUCAGAUGUGAGGUGAGGGUCAGGACAUAAAAAGUCAUUUCCAUGUGUAAGUUUAAUAUAAAACAAUAACACAAACACCUAAAAAGAAACAAGCUCAUUUAUUUGAAUAUCCCACCUUAUGAAUGUAAAUAUAUUCAGGUCACAUGACCGUAAAAGCACGUGGCCUAGCAAAGACAACAUAGAUAACAUUUCCCAAGAAAGCACAAACAUGGUGUAUAAAAGUUUGAUACUCAGUUCGAUAGUUGAAAAACAAUAAAAUCAAUACACAAACAAAGCUAGUGGCUCGAUGGAAAUUUAAAUUGGAUUCGAGCUCAUAGGUGAUAUAUACGGCAGAGCGUUAGGGGAUAUCAAUAAGCAUUGAAAACCUGUCCAGCCCGUUACAGGCCGAAGCCGCACGCCUCUUUUUCACUGAAUCUCACGUUUCUACUCAAUAUGAGAACACAUUGUUAUUGUGGUAUGCUAAUGAGGACACGCGGAAGUGUCACGUGACUUUCUGCCCUCGUUAGUCUCAUUAGUAUACAAAAAAAACUUGUAAUUUUUUAAAUUCUGCUUUAUUUUAUUGUACAGUUUGGGGGAUUUGAUGUUAUUGAACACGGCUCUAAUCAGUGUUUAUUUACCCAUCCUUUACAUUAAAUAAGCUUUCUUUCUGCUCUAUUUUGAGAACUUAUAUUACUUUAAAGUUGAAUUUUUUCACAUACUGUAUUGUCUUUUUUUUUUACAUUCUGUAAAGUUUAUUUGCUUUUACCAAAAUGAUUACUGAGGGUUUUUUUUGGAAAGACGCUGAAGUGUUACUUUGUAAAUAUUUACAGAAUGAUAUUGUUUAGUGUUGUUAAAAAAGAAUUAUUGUCACUUAAUUUCUAAAGAAGAAAGUUUGUUCGGUCUUUUGAAUCACUAUUACGUUAAGACGUUCUAUAAAUUUGCCACAGUCACCUCAGUCUUGCUCGUCAGGGAUGAUUUUGUCUCACAUUAAUCUUGGACUAUUUUUCUUAUGUUCUGUAAAGCUGCUUUGAGACAAUGUCCAUUGUUAAAAGCACUC